GUGACAUAGUCGACGUUUGGGCCCCAAUCCAAUCGCGACUGACUGACGAGCUGUCCUCAAAUCAACCCAAUCCCGAGACAAAAGCAAAAUCACAACUUUCCUUACGAACCACACUCCUUUGCCCACCUUUGAGAAUCUGCCAACUCAUACACGCAUCACACACCCUGAAGCCCUAACCUUAUAAAACACAUCAACCCCGAACCUGAGCAAUCGCACACGGAAUCGCAAAGAUGACGCGCGCACAGCAAACUAUCUCUAUUGGCUUACUCGUCACUUCGUUAUACCUGGCAGUUUACUUGGAGUUAAUACCUCUUCCUGGAAAGGUUUCUGAGGAGGUCAUUCCUGUGUUGCCAUUCUGGGUGUUGGUUUCGUUUGGAGCGUAUCUUUUGGGGAAGUUGGGCUAUGGCGUUUUUACAUUUAACGAUGUGCCCAAGGCGCAUGCGGAAUUAAUGGAGGAGAUUGAGUUGGCGAGGAAGGAUCUCAGAACGAAAGGUGUGGAUGUCGAUUAGAUGGUGAAGGACGUCGUAUUUCAGGCAAGGAGAGGCAACGCGAAUGGAUAUUGAGUGUCAUAUUGGCAGCGGGUUGGAGUCGGAAGGUUGAAUGGAUGGAGUAAAUUUGUCGAAUAAUUGAAGGGAUAUUCUUUACAUUGGCGUGCCGUUCGUUAAGGUGCGAGGGAUAAGUGAAGAGUGUGUUCUACAAGACCAAGCCGUGAUUGAGCAUAUCUAUCUACAGUGUAUGGUAUACAGGCACCAAUGAGAUCUACCGCA